GUAUAUAAAAGGCAGGUUUAUACCGCUGAAAGAAUAGAGGUGCAUAAUAUUCUGAUGUCACCACUACUUUUUACAAGUACCUAGAAGAUAACAACGAAUGCUAGAAGCUAGUUUACUGCUGAAAGAAUAAAGAUUUCUCCUGUGACCAUUGCUUAACGCAGUCUCUAAAUAGACCAACAUGGACACUGAAGAUAAAGGCAAUCUCUCGGACGUCGUCAAAGAUAUAUGUUACAAUAUAGACGGCAUGAUCAUGCCAAAGUCAUCGCCAGCGAGAUACCUGCUCGACAUCAAACACCAUUUCGAAGUUCGACCCGACGACGUAUUCCUCAUUACAUAUCCGAAGUCAGGCACGACAUGGAUGCAACAUAUUGUGAGUCUGAUCAUGGCGAACGGUGACGUCACGACGGUCAAUGAGAAACAUGUGUUUCAGAGGGCUCAAUUCCUUGAAAUGUCGCAAACGGCGGAUAUAGAAAGAGGAAUCUACGAAAUCGCAGCCAAGAUGGCGUCACCAAGAUUUCUCAAGACCCACCUGCCCUCACGCUUCUGCCCAACACAACUAGUUGACAAAAAACCAAAGAUCAUUUAUGUAGCACGAAACCCAAAGGAUGCUGCCGUCUCCUACUACCACUUCCACAGUUUCUCGUCGUGGAGUCUACCAAGUUACCCCACCUGGGACCAAUUCUUCGAAGACUUUUAUCACGGAAAUACUCCAAGAGGCUGCUGGUUUGAGAACGUCCUGUACUGGUGGAACAUGAGACAUGAAGACAAUGUCCUAUUCAUCACAUAUGAAGAAAUGAAAAUGGAUAUCCGUAGCUGUGUAAUGAGGGUGUGCACAUUUCUAGGCAAAGAAUUCCAUGAUGACGUCAUAGAUGACAUCAUCCAUCACUCAUCAUUCAAAGCUAUGAAGGAGAACCCUGCAUCCAAUCCAGACUCGUUAGAAAUCUUCAAAGAUUCUGUCAGUCAAAAGAAAUCUUUCCUCAGAAAGGGUGAGGUAGGAGACUGGAAGACAUACUUCACUGUGGACCAGAAUGAGAGAUUUGAUGAACUUUACAAGAAGAAAACAAUGGGCUCGGGGUUACAACUUGUGUUUGAAUAGCACAUGUACAAGGAGGUCAUCAAAGGAAUGUGCGUGUGUGUGUGUGUGGGAGAGGAGGCUUGUCUGAGGUGGGUGUGUGAGGGAUCAUGUAUUUAUCUAUUUGCUGGAAGAAAAUGAGCUUUUAACAAUGUACAAGUAUUAAAAUGAAGGUCAUCUAAUUUUGAAUGUAACCACAGUUACAUACACAGUUAUGUUGUAUUGAAUGUAGAUCUUGUUGAAACUUUCUUUCUCUCUCUCAUUUUUGUUAUCGCAUCAUCUCACUCUCCUUUCUCUCUUUCUUUCCCUCAUCAUUCCCUCUCUUCUCCCUCCUUCGGUGUUGCAACAUCCCUAGGACGAUUCAUCUUAUAAUGUUCUGACUUUAACUAUUCAUGCUUUCAAAUUGUUAAGAGUAAUGUUUAUUUCUGUAAAAACAAAUGCGAUUUUACUGCUAUUUUGAUAUGUAGUUCAGCUUUUCAAGAAAGAAAGGUGGUUAUAUUUAGAUCCGACAGUUUGUUGUGAGUAACCCUAACUCAAUUAAGAAGAUUCAUGACAGUAAUAAUACAAUUCUUUUGGUUGGUUCCUUAGGCUGAAAGGCACAGUCAUAUUUUUGUCAAUAAAAGUGUAGUACUCGAAGUGGUAGACAAACCAAACAAUGUGAUAUUUUAAAUUUAUCACUAUAGGUUGUAUAGUGUAUACUAGUCUUCAGCUCAUGACUGUUUAUUGUGCUUUAGGAAUAUAAAUAUGUAUAUAUCAUGUCUAUGUAUUCUAUUAUUAUAUCUUAUUUGGUUUCAUUCAUCUUUCUGUAUUAUAUUUCAAAUAGGUUGUGCUCUCAUACCGCUGCAGGGGGCCGAUAGAAUCAAAUACAAAUCUUACUAUAAAUCUUCCUAUAUUAUCUUGUUCUAUUCCUUUAAUAUCAUUAGUAUCUAGCUUUUUAUUGAAUAUUUAAGUAGAAGAAAUUGAUUACUAAAUUUGGCAUAGUUUACAAUACAAUAAACUUCAAGUGUGGGGAUACUCCAAAUGCUCAUUUAGACAUCAUGCGGUCAACCGCGGCAGCUUUAUUAUAUGUAAUACAAAGUUUUGGUAUGUGGUCAUGAAUUUGGUUCAAAUUAACAUAUUAGAAGCAUAUGCGAUUUUACAAUAUUCUAUGAUCAUUGUCGCGCUUGAAAUCGAGUCUAUAGUGAUUAAAUUAUAGAUAAUAAACUCUUUAUGUUGUAGGCCUAUAUCUCCCUACCUCUCAAGCCUGAUAUUACUUUAGCUUUAAAACCAAGUUUCUUGACUACAAUUGACCGAUUUGCUAUACCUGUUGGGAAAUUAUAUAUCAGAACUGCAUAAUUUGAGAUUUUCAUGCUCGCAGCUACCAUGAAAUAUUUGGGAGCACCGGUGUAUUUGGAUUAUUUAAUUUCUCGAAGGCUAAAAUUUCUAGUGCUCCACGGGGGCAUCCAAAUGUAUCCAUCCAAUUUUCAAAAUUUCCCAAAACUUUUCAUUACCUUUAAGAGUAAAUGAAUGACAACUGAGUGCGACAAAGGUCCUCCGCAUCUUCACUGGGUUCUGUUUUGUAAGAUACAGAAAUUUUAUGACACUUUACAUCAUCCUAAAAAACUACUGCGGUUUUGCCGUGUCAUGUCUGAAUGAGGCCUUACACAUUAUACAUAAUAAUAAUAAUAACAGUUGGUUCUUAUAUAGCGCUUUUCAGGACCAAUGGCCCUCUCAACUCGUGACAUAUCCACUCGUCCACGACAUCUCUACAUGCAGUACCUGUAUUCAAAAGAAGGCUUGGAAGAACUUUCUUUCAUCCUCAUUUAUUUGCAUGUAGAUGACAUGUUUUGAUCAUAAUCAUUUACAGUGUUUAAGUGAUAGAGUGCUGAAGACUGUAAAGUCAAACAGGUCAGUGGCUACCUCUCUAUAAAGGCCAAAAUGUUUGAUCUGUAGAACCUGUCCAGAAAGGACACCUGUCUAUAUAGUGCAAACUUUCUGUUUCAAUUUGGUGGCCUUAAUAGACAGGUUUGACAGUAUAUACAUUACAAUUGGUUCCACAGAAGAAAUGAAAUUUGUCAAGCUAAUUGCUUGAUAACUAUUUUGAAUGAUCCGCAGAAAAUGAAUGAAACAUAUUGAAAGAAUUAGCCCAUCGUUAUAUAAAAUUUAUUGGAAUAAAAGCAAAAUAAAUGGAGAAUUUAUUCAGUAAAACUCGAGAAAGAUCAUUUAAAAAUACAGAUAUGUCUACAAUAUGAAUGGAAAGAAGCUUGCAAAUAAAACCAACGAGUUGCAAAGUUG